AUGUCAACCUUAAGUACAACACCUUUAAUUGAAUCAGCAGCAGGUGGCUACAUUGAAAUUGUACAGUUUCUUAUUGUUGAAAUUAACUGUGAUGUAAAUAAGUGCGAUUCAUACGGAAGUAGAAAAGGUAGGUCAGCUUUAUAUAUGGCAUCUGAGAGAGGACAUUUAGAUGUAGUUCAGCUGUUAUUAAAAAACAAUGCAGAAGUUUCCCGGUGUAAUGUGGUUCUAGAGUCUUCAUUGUUUGUGGCAUGUAAAAGAGGACAUACAGAUAUUGUAAGACAACUACUGCAGGGGAAGGCUGAUGUAAAUCAGUGUAACUGUUAUAGAGAGUCUCCACUUGGUGUGGCCUGUAAGGGAGGACACACAGAUAUAGUGAAACUAUUACUUAUGAACAAUGCUGAUGUCAUUUUAUGUAAUGAUGAGGAAGAGUCCCCAUUGUUUCUUGCCUGUGAUAGAGGCCAUAAAGAUAUAGUAGAACUGUUACUGGAGAAUAAUGCUGAUGUCUCUCAAUGUAACAUCUAUAAAGAUUCACCACUGUAUGUGGCCUGUCAAAGAGGACGUACAGAUAUAGUAAAACUGUUACUACAGAACGAUGCUGACGUCUCUGAGUGUUACAGUGAUGGUGAUUCUCCAUUGUUAGUGGCCUGCGAAGAAGGGCAUACAGAAACAUUAGAAUUUCUACUCCAAAACAAUUCGAAAUUCCUUUCGCAUGACAUUGAUGGAGAAUUUUUAUUGUAUGUGGCCUGUAUUGAAGGACAAGAUAACACAGUGGAAAUGUUACUGAAACACAAUGCUAAUGUCGUUCAGUGGGAGAUUGAUGAGGAAUAUCUUGCAUUACUAUUACGUGUGGCCUUACAGAACGGACAUGACAAAACAGGAGACAUUUUACUGUCAUACAUUGCUGAUUAUCUUCAGAGUAACAGUUAUUGA